AUGAACUGUCUACUAGCUAUCCUUUUGACCAUGGAGAAUAAAAUUUAUCCCAAUGGUCGUCUGGUGGUAAUGGAACUCGGAGAGAAUGCUAAGGUAUAUCAUACCUAUCGACUUACAAAUACAACAAAAUUCCGGCAAAUUAGGAAUCAUACUGGCAUUUUCAUGGCAGCGGCCCCAAUCAAACAUUUCGGGACCUAUCUUACAAUCUACUGCUCCCCCUCACUCAGUGCUCAAAACUUAGAAACAUUUGUCACCCAAGGUACAAAAACAAUGGGCAUGCAUUCGGCCCUUGGCUUUCACCAAAGUGUGACCUCGGAAGAAAAAUGCCUCGAUUACCUUCGAGGUGGUUAUGAGUUGUUGCAGAAAAAAAAUACAUCAAGUGAAGAAUUUGAGCUGAAUGCUCUACCUUAUAUACAGAGUGGGAGAUGUACGGAAAGCUCGAUUUACUGUUUAGCUUUACAAGGGGAAAUUUCCUUACACGCCAAAUAUAAUAUAAAUAUUGAACAACAAGGGGAUAAAACCAUAGAGGUCGGAUACCAUAACGGCUUUCGCAUGGACAGUAUCGUGCUCAACGGUCAAUUCUUACAAAUUAUAGAAACCGACCAACAAGAUUUUGGACUCGCCUGGUACCAAGGAGACCUUGAAGUAUUCGUAAAAGCCCCAUCAAGUAACGUAUGGAGUCUAAAAAGAUCAGAAAGUGAUGAAUUCCCGGAUCAUCGUCUCAUCAUCGACCUUGUGGCCCACCGUUUCCAGGGAGUGAGAGCAAUCAUAGAAGCCUUGGAUAGGCUAAACCGAAAGAAUAGGGGUAUUGCCGAGCAAAGAGAUUCUUUGACACCAUUACGUAAUAUCAAGAUGUUACUUGCAAACUUGGGAAAACAUAGAAAAAGAUUUACUCCAGUACAUGCGACCGGCUUCUUUGGUGCAGAGCCAGCUACGCAAGCCGUCAGUUCAUAG